CAGCAUGAACCACUGUGGCACCAGGAGGGCAGAAAGAUGGGUGGCAUGACACGUCAGCUUCUUUUGCUGUGGGCUGGCAUCACAGUGAGCAGAUCUGUGGAUCUGCAGAAGAGAAUCGUUAGAGGCCAGCCAUGUGGAAGUGGAGAACGUCAGUACCAUGUGAAGUUGAUAGGAAAUAAUGGGACCAAUAACUUCUUGUGUGGUGGCUCUCUGAUCAGUGACCGCUGGAUCCUGACUGCAGCACACUGCAAGCAGCGGAAUAUGACUGCAUAUGUAGGUGUUCAUCCACCUCCAGGAAAACCAGAGAUAAUUACAGCACCACCUGAGAUCUUCAGGGACAACAAUCACAGGGGACAUGACAUCAUGCUGCUGAGGCUACCUAACCCUACCCACUUUCCUAAUGUUAAACUCCCUGACUGUAACAAGCGUCCACAUGUGGGUGCCAUGGUUCAGAUCGCAGGUCAUGCAUCAACAACCUUGGGACCGAACAAUAAGAGACGCAAUGAUAGGCCAGCUGAUCUCCAGUGUGCAGACAUCGGAGUUAUCGACCGUCAGAACUGCAGAAAGUGUUUGCAGAAGAACGACCCACAGUUCUAUCAGCUCCAUGAAUAUCAGCACUGGUUCUGUGGCCAGUCUGCUCGAGUGGAUAUAUCUCUCGGUGACUCUGGUGGAGGUGUGGUGUACAAUCACAUGAUUUACGGGGUUGUUUCUUUCACUGGGAAUGGCUUAACUGCCUGCCAUGCACCAGCUGCAUUCAUGGAUGUUUGUGAAUACAUGCCAUGGAUCAAUGGGAUUAUUAACAGACCGCUUCCAAAAGCGAUUCUAGAUGUGCAUCCAGGCCCAGGAAGAAGUGUGUAUAUCACAUCCUUACCUAAGACCUACAAGGAAAAGGUGAACUUCAUAAUAUCGAAGAACCACGACAUCAUGCUGCUGAAGCUUCGUAAAGCUGUCGCCAUCAAACCUGUGGAUCUUCCUACUGUUGAGGAGUGUAACGCUCGUAAGAACAUUCUUUCAUUUCAGAUUGCAGGUCAUUCAUCCACAACUAUGGGUCCGAAUAAAGAAAGAGGAGAAGAAGAAUCAAACACUCUUCAGUGUGCAGACAUCGGAGUGAUCGACUGUAAGAACUUUUUGAACUGCUUAAAGACCAACCAGCCGGACUUCUACAAGAAGCACAGCUUUCAACACCUGCUCUGUGGCCAGUCUUCUGUUGCGGAUGCGUCUCCGGGUGACUCCGGUGGAGGUGUGGUGCACAACGGCAAACUUUAUGGGGUCAUUACUUUUGGAGGUAGUGGCACUCAUGCCUGUGUUAGUCCAAUUGCAUAUAUGGACGUCUGUGAAUACCUCCCAUGGAUAAAAGAGACUGCUGGCAUCCCUUAAAGAGACAAAGUAAUGAAAGAUCUACUCAAUGAUUGAACUUGAAAUGUCUUGUCAAUAAAGAGGCCUUUCACAUGUGAGUUGUA